UUAUUUUCUUUAUAAAUAAUAUAUUAUAAUAUAAUCUAAUCAGCUUUCUCUUUCAAUUCCCUUUUAUAGUAUACUGUCGGGAUAUAUAUAUCUCGACCUAUCACUUUUACAAUAUCAUACUUCAUCUUACCCAUCUUAUCUACCCCUCGCUUCCUCUCUCUCAUAAGUCUUCUUGUACAUAACUUUUUAAAUCACUGUACCUAUUUAUCAUAUAAUCAUCAGCAUCAUAGCAGCAAGUUUUGAAAGCCCUCCUCGAGAGACCACACCCAACGAUAACGAAAGUCCAUUAUGGGAAAUCAAAGCCAUCCCAGGAAAAGGACAAGGUGUACUCGCCAGGCGCUUCAUAAUUCCAGGAACACUCCUCUUCCACGAGAAACCCCUCCUCACAAACAAGACGUUGAGUGACUCCUCCACCACCGAAAAAGACCUAGCACGCUUAAUGCGUGCCCUCCCAUGGAAUCCCAACGCGCCUAUCUCUCCCUCCACAAUAAUUAUCCUGGUCAAGAAUACCCCCUCACAAACAUCAUCCAAUCCAACACCUAUCCAUUCAAACCCUCCUCCCUUAUUAACAAUAUUUCCCAAACCAUCUCCCGCAUCAACUAUUCCUGUCUCCCCACAACCCACCACUCCUAGAACGAAAAACAUCAAGAAUCCAUCGUAUACACCGUACGAGACAUCCACCCGGGCGAGAAACCACCACAUCCUACGACAUAGGUGGACCAUCCACCGAGCGCAGAGCCCUAGUAGUCGCACUUAAGGAAUAUUUUAAAUUCAUCUGCACAUAUACUCUAUGCCCGCUUCCUGCUUCGGAACUCCGAAAAUCUGACGCGAGACUUAUUCGCGCUGAGUCUUUAGAUCAGACAAUGGGUCAUGCGGAAAUAGUGAUGAAGGCUCCUGAAAAAGUACUCGAGAAGUGUAGAAUGCUCGAGAGUAAUUAUCAGGAAGAAGGGAUUCAGGGUGCUGGGGCUGGGGCUGAAGAAGCGUUGAUUCUUAUAAGAGACAAAGAAAGAUGAUAGUUAUAGGGAGACUCAGAAGUGGAGAAGUGAAGUUCAGGAUAUUCCGAGAGAUUUGAAUGAAAUAGAUUUUGAGAAAUAGUUGUAGAGAUUGUAGAUUUUUGUUUCUUAUUGGGAGGCUUUUAGUGGAGUGCGUAAGUUUG